UUUAAAAGAGCAUGGCAGUUUAAAAUAGCAUGAACCUUGUACAGUUAGCAUUUGACACUGCUUGGGAAACCUCGCAACGUAUGCAGAAAUAUUCCGGAGAAGGUAUUGGAGAGUGACCUAAUUUCAUUACGUCGCUUCUGGUUUACGUACUUGCUGUGGGGUAAAAGUUCACAAGCAUGGCUGGGCAUAAGCAGGAAACACACGAUUUAGUGGUUCUAAAACGUUAGAAAGAAACGAUUUUUUUAAAAAAAAAUAUAUAAAUGAUGUUUCUAUGUCAUUAUAGAUGGAUAAUCUCUGCAAAAUUGCAUCACGGAGUUCAAGACUGUAAGCAAAAUAUGUCUUUUGGUUGCAUUGUAGCCUGAGCUGAGCAACAACGGGAUGACAAACAGCAGCAGUACUGCCGACGGAAGAAAUAAAAGAGGUUUAUAACACAACAAAGUCUUUUCGUUGUCGGAUAUAAACAUAUUGAAACGUAAUGCGGCACAUACUUGUGCUUGAAUGUGUAAAGUCAAGUUAGUGGAAUUGUUUUGCAUUAGGUGGAACAGCAGUAAAAAAAAAUAAAUAAAUAAAUAAAUAAAUCAACGUGACGUGGUUACAAGACUUGGCAAACACAUUCGAAAAAAAGGUGACGUGGUUUUUCUAAACUACAACAAAUGCAAUGCUGACUUUUCUGUAACGUAUCGAAGUACCGUGCCUGCCUGGAGGAAAUUAAACAUUAAGACGAUACGAAAUAAAUACAUAAUGCCAAGACUGGAAGAAAUUGCAAAUGUCGCUCUGAGGGUACCGAGCAUUCUUCUUCUGGACCUGCUGUACAAGUUUGACAUCGACAGUGUUACAGAACAGCUUCGGUCCAAAAAUGAAGACAUGAUGUUUAAAUACAAAUACGUUAUCUGGAACAUUUAUUAUUUAGGUCAUCUUUUCAGUGUUGUUGUGCUGGUCUUGCCUCUGAGACACAUUGUGAAGCUGUAUCUUUACAUCCUCACAGUCUUACUGAUCUAUGUGGGACACCAGAUCUCCAGGGAUUAUGUGCAGGGUGAGAUUCAGCAUGGCUAUGACAGAGCAGUGUAUCUGGACUCCCUGGCUUUCAACCGGUUUGCUACUGCACUGACAAGUCAGGUCAUUCUGAGCACGCUCUGUGCUUUCUUGAUGAAGACCAGGCAGGUCUGGCUGUUCUCUGCUCAUCUGCUUCCCCUGGUGGCCAGACUGUUUGCUGUGCCUCACAACAUGCUACUCACAGUCAACAACUUCUCCAUGGUCCUCACUGCCAUUGAGGUGGCCGCUUUCCUGCUCUCAAACCUCUUUGUGCCCUACAAAUUGGCCAGGUCUGCCUACAGGGAAGUUCUGCAGAUUGAGAUCACUGAGCUGUACCGCUUGCUGGCGGUGGGGAUUUCUCUGUGGAAUCAGUUUGCUGUUCCGACACUCUUAAGUGUUUUCUGGUUCAUUCUCUUCGUGGUUCAGAUCUACUCUUCUGCAACUGCCAGAAAUAACUUCCCCAGCCAGCAGGGAGUGCUCUACGUUUUCCUUACCAGUGUGUCCAAGUGCUGCAGUACUCCAUAUUCGUUACUGGGUCUCACCUUCAUUGUUUCUUACCUGGCCCUGGGCUUGCUCAACCUCUGCAAGUUCUACCUGGGGGGCUACGCUGCUGUCCACAACGAAAACGUGAUGCACAGGGGGGUGACCGAGGGGGUGACCCUGCUGUUGCUGGCUCUCCAGACUGGACUGUUGGAUAUGCAGGUCCUGCAGCGCACCUUCCUCCUUAGCAUCAUCCUGUUCAUUGUGGUCACCUCCAUGCUGCAGUCCAUGGUUGAGAUCACUGACCCCAUCAUCCUGGCCCUGGGAGCCUCAAGGAACAGGAGUGUGUUGAAGCAUUUUCGAGGGGUGAGCAUGUGCCUGUUCCUGUUGGUGUUCCCUGGGUUCAUGGCCUAUAAGAUCUCCCAGUUCUUUCACAUGGAUUUCUGGCUCCUGAUCCUUGUCUCCAGCUGCAUGUUGACAUCCCUGCAGGUGAUGGGGACCCUGCUGAUCUACAUGCUGUUCAUGAUCGAGCUAGUUCGCAGUUACCCCAUCGAGAGCCUGGACGAGAUCAUCUAUUACGUGAACGCAGUGAGCCGCGUGCUGGAGUUCCUGGUGGCGCUGUGUGUGGUGUGCUACGGCACCUGGGAGUCCCUCUUCGGGGAGUGGAGCUGGAUGGGUGCCUCCGUCAUCAUCAUCCACUCCUACUUCAACGUGUGGCUGCGUGCCCAGUCUGGCUGGAAGAGCUUCCUGCUGCGACAGGAAGCCGCCAAGAAGAUCCACUCGCUACCCCGGGCGACCGCGCAGCAGCUGGAGCAGCACAGUGACGUGUGUGCUAUCUGCUUCCAGGAGAUGGAUUCGGCAGUAGUGACGUACUGUGGCCAUUUCUUCCACGCCAACUGCCUUCGAAAAUGGCUGUAUGUCCAGGAGACCUGCCCCAUGUGUCACCAACAGGUGAAGCCUAGUGUGCUUCGGCAAAACGGGAGUGCACAGGAGGGCCAAGCUCCUGCAGCUCACAGAGAAGAGGGCAGGAGAGAAGCUUUCCAGGCAGGCGAGACUGGAACUCAAGCCUCAGGCUUCAGGCCUACACAUGGUGCAGAUGUUAGAAAUGAACCAGAAGAUUCUGAGAAUGACCUGGACAACAGUUUGUCUGAAGGGGGUGAAGGAGAAAGUGAUGACAAUAUCACCUGUGAAGGGGACUCACUGGAUGGGGAAGAACAAACUUUAGCGUCUGGCCUUUGUUGUAGUGGAAAUGUUGGUGGCAACAUCGAUCUGGCCAUUCAAAAUACUACGUUGGUAGACACAUCUCCCCUGACUGCCGAAGAGUCAGCUGUGAAUAUUAUGAAAAGUGAAACAGGUGAAGAAAAGGAAGAAAACUUCGGAUAUACCAGUUUACAAGGUGUUGGUGAUAUUUUAACAGCUAAAAGGUCAACUGUGGGACACGUGAUGGCGGAGGCAGUUAUUUGCAGGGGAAAUGCUGAAACUUUAUCCCCAGGAUUAAUGUUUCAGCCUACUGGUGGCUCAUGGGAUUUUACAGAUACACAGAGUGUUCAAGUGGAGUUGAGUCAUCAUUUAAAAGUACAUACUACCGAUAAAUCUUGCUCCUUGUCCCGUUUGCUUGGAUCUAAUGAAGAAGACCUUGUCAGGGACGACCAUAGUGAAAAAGUGGAUAACGGUUUGCUGCUUGAAACAUUGGGUAAAGCUCCUCUUUUAAGCCACUCGGGUAUGCUGUUAAAUACGCUGACUGCCAAAGAUGCUGUGCUGGCUGAGGAAAUGAAUGAUCAGGAAUCCUUCAGGAACCACGCCUACAGCCCACCUCCACAAGGACAGGAGCACAGCGUCUCAACAGUGACCCAAGUAGGAGACUUUAAAGAAGAUGACUUGGAAAAUAUAUGUGUUCAAGGAAAUCAUUUUUUGUAGCACAGAACUGGUUUUUCAUGCUUUCUAUCAAACUAAAAAAAUGUUGCCUUUAUUUUCCUUGAACUGAAAAAUCUUUGAAAUAAUUGUGUAAUUUUUACGUUUAACAGAGAACAUGUGGAUGGAGACAUAGAUGUAAGAGUGAUAUAAAGAUGGAAGAACCAAUCGGAUCUUUUAAGGAAGCAAAUGUGUUAAACAGAACAAAAGUAUGUGGUUGUACUGUAUCUCUAGACAGCAGUUUGGCAGUACAGGCUACAGAGAAAUUUCAAAAUAGCGCAAAAAUAAAUCCUUGAAAUGUGAAAUGAUUCUACUGAACAAGUUAGAUAACUUCAACUACAGAAUUGUUGGGAGGGAAAGACAAUGCUCUUAAAUUGAAUAAAAUUGAAUAAAAAGGUACAACUUGAUGUAAUUAAGAACAAGAUUUAUUUGAUUUCUAUGGAGGGCAUUAUGUUGAGAAACAAAUGUUAAAAAUGAUUGACAAAAGUCACAGUAUCUUAACUAAUUAUUAAACAAAAAAAAGACAUUUAUGAACAUGUUGGGAAGAUAGUUAUCAGUUAAUAAAACAAAAAAAUUCCCUUUAAAUGAAAGUGUUGCCAUAUUUUUAGGAAAUGUAAUAGGGGAAAGUGAAGGCUUAAACUUGCACGUUCAUAAUUUUGUAUUCACUGUCUUUUUUCCACUUUAUUUUUUUCUAUUGCUUCAUGUGCUGAAAUUGUCACCGUAGCCCUUCCUGGUGUUUUGUAUCUACAAAUAAAACAGGUAUCUCAACAUUGUUUAAUAAUGCUGCAUUCUGUAUCACCAUUAACUAUUUUCUUAAGCCCACCCAACAUGAAAUGUAGAAUGUAAUUUAUUGAAAGACAGGUAUGGGAUGUAAGACCCAAAGUCAUUUGUAGUUCCUGUAUAAAGUGAAUUACUUCCAAAAUGUCUAUAGUGAAGCUAACAACAUUGUUUUUGGCUGUUCUGUGUUUCUCUUUUUAUCCACUAGAUGGUACAGUAGCAUUGCUGUUAUUGUAAACACAAUUCAGUGCUCUCAAAUGUGGUUGAAAUACCUCAUGGAUGUUUAUCUUGAAUCAUCACAGUGUUUUGGUAGUUAACGCUUCAGCUUAUAAAUUAUUAUGUAAGAAAUUAUGCAUGUUGUAUUUGUGUAACACUUUAUUUUAGCGUGCCGCAUCCCCUAGAAGGGAAAUGUUGACAGAGCCCAGGGGACUAGUUUGUCAGUCUGUGUUUUUUCUGUUUUUGUAAAGUGACUGAUGGAUUUGAUUGAAUGCUGAAGUUAGUGUUAGAGUAGGUAUUUCUCUAUGAGUCGUGUCUAGGGUAUUCAGUCUGUCUAAAUAAUAUAAGAUAGCAAAACUGUUGAAAUAAAUAUUCCCUCUCUCAUUAAAUAUGCUUCAGCAAAAUUACACUGAUAGCAGGCUACUUUUUUUUUUUUUUAAACCUUUUAACAUAUACGAGUCUAAAUAAAAUAUGGAAUGAUAGUGCAUUGCCCUUUAAGAUCAUUGUCUGUAUGUUCAUAAUGUUUAAUUUUAUUACCCUCUGAUAUUGUUUUCUGCUUAUAUUAUUUGCCAUUGCUUCACUGUUCCAGCAAAGGAAUAAUAAAUACAUUUUAAAAAAAGCCUUUAGGAAACUUUUCAGAAACCUUAUUUCUUUUUUUUUUUCAGUUGAGGUGAGAUAACAUUUAAGUGUUGCAAUAAAGCCCAUCAGUGGAGAGAGAGCAUUUAAUCCUGUGUAAUACAGGUAAUCUUCCCCCACUUGCAGUAUUUUCUGAAUUAACUUGUGCUGCAAUAGUUAGAAAGUACAGCAUUUAUACACUUGAAAGAGCCAGCUAUAGAGAAUCACGCAUAACACAUAUAGGAUAUUAAACAGAAAUGAAAUGAAAAUAAUAUCAUUUAUAUAUAUUUUUUUUACACAUACAAAAACUACGCUUGACUUUUUCCGGCAGUGUUGCAGUAGCUGUUGGUAACCCCUGACUCCAUCUCAUUGCCUUGUAAAAUGCUGUAUCGCGUGAUAUCCCGCAAUGGUUUCAGAGUAGUUACAUAUGACCAGAGUUAUAUUGUCUACAUUGUUUUGCAAUAUCUAAUUAAAGGCAUUU